CAGGAGUGAGACCAAAUUUAUGUAAAUUAAAAGUCAUGAAGUUUCAAGUUAACAUUUUAUUCAUAAUUUUAUGGUCUUACCUAAUCAUUCAAUCAAGCCAAGCAAACUUCAACCUUACCGAAUCAUCAGAACUAUUUAAUCCAAAUUAUGAAGACAAUGAUAAAAUAAAGGAAUCAAUAUUCCCAUCCUACACAGAUCAUGAAGACAGCUGUGAAAACUGUCGACGAACAAUGAAAUUAUCACCUUUUGCAAAAUUAUUAACUGCAAGAUAUAUCGUUCCUGUAUUUAGAAUAACAACAUUUUUAAAACUGCGAUUAUUGUAUGCUAAGCGAAUGAAUCAAUACAUAAAAAUAUAAAAUUAUCAGAAAAUCGAG